AUGCCUGGCUCUUUGAAGAGGAAGAGAGAGGGUGUGAAGAAGCCUCCGUUAGCUCCUAAACCUAAACUCCCAGCUCCGGCCAAACCCUCCCCCCCGCCCGUCGCCCCCAAGCCCGGCCCCGCCCCUCCGUCGUCGGCGGCCUCCCAGCCGUCGCCGGCCACCCUCAAGAGGGCCAAACCGGCCGUCGCGCCCAAACCAUGCAUCCCCAAAUCCACGGCCUCCCCCCCCCCGGUGUCCCCCCCGCCGCCCAAACCCGCCGAGCCCCUCCAUCCGUCUCAGGAGCAGCGGGAGCCUCUAGACGACGACCUCCUUCUUCUCAACUCCAAGAAUGGGAUUUGGUCGGAGAGGAGUCGGCACGAAUCGCAUUACAUCAUCCCCACCUGCUCCUGCGGGCCGGAGGGCUGCCCGCGGUGCCACCCCCUCCAAAACGGAAGCGUGGCCCCGACCGGGGCCGGCGUGCCCGGGGGGCCGGUGCGGAACGGGCUCUCCGGAGCGGGGCCGCGGGAGAGCCGGGAGAACCUGGAGGAGGGCGGAGCCGCCGUCGGGGGCGAAGGCGAGCGGGUCAGCAAGAGGCCCAGGGGUAAACCUCAAAGACAGAGACACCCAGACCGGGCGCCGGCGAGCAAGGAGGCGCCGGGGCCCGAGGAGGCCGCCCGUCGGGAAAACGCCGUGCCCGCGGAGGCCCCGAGCGCAGGUUUAACAGACUCCAGGUCAGCCUGGGAUGUUGCAGGCAACAUCAGCGUCUCGUCCGACGGCCCUCCUCCCCAGUCCGAACACUCUCAGGUAGAAAGAAGCGACCCCGCGGGGGAAGCAUCUCCCGACGGCUCCCCCCCUGAUCUUCAGGUCCCCGCGGCCCCGAGUAAGCCGCUGCCGGUCCCCCACCCGCGCAAAUUGAAAAAGCCGGCGUUGGUGAGGCAGGACGGCGUGGAGGGCGGCGCCCCGGAGCAGGCGGCGGAGGAACCGACGCAGGGGCGGGAAGGGCAGGGAGCGGAGGGGGAGCCCGGCCCGGCCGGCCCCUCCCUCGGUCCGGAGGGCGGACGGACGGCGGGGGACGAGCCGGCCACCCUGAGGGGCUCAGAGGCGGGCGGCGACGGGGACAAGGAGGCUGAAGAGGCCGACGCGCCCCCUCCCCCUCCCCGCCAGACCUCCCUCUCGCCCCGUUUACACAGAACCGUCCACGCCCCCCCCUGCCUGAACAAGAACAACUCCCACUCCCUGGACCUGCUGGCGCAGCCCGAGCCGGCGCGUCCGGGCAAAGCGGCGGCGGAGGAGGCGGCGCGGAGGGCGGAGCCGGACGAGGAGGACGGCUACGGCGACUUCGAGCGCUACCCCGUCAGCCACAGCCUCCCCAAGCAGAUCAAGCUGGGCUGCCACCCGCCGCUGGCCCACGCCGGGAAGGCGCUCUCCGCCGAGGACCAGCGCUCCCCGAAGGCGCCCCCCCGCAAGCCCCAGAGGCACAGCAUGCCGGCGCCGCCCCCGCCGCCCUCCGUCUGCCCCCCGGCGCCGCCCCACGCCGGCGGCACGCCCAUGAGGGAGCUGCCCGCGCCCCCCCAGGAGAAGAGCGCCUGGCGCUUCGCCCGGCCCUGCGCCACCUUCUUCAGCCGGCAGGUGUCCACCCGGAGCAGCGUGCCCCCCAAGAGCCGGGCGCCGGCGCUGGGGGGCAAGCAGCGGGCCCAGUCCUUCUCCGCCGCCGACCUGGCCACCCGGGACGGCCCCCAGAAGAGGAGCCUGUCCUUCCGCAAGCUGCUGGAGCUGCGGCUGUCGGUGCGGAUGCUGCCAAAGCUGCUGGCCAAGGGGGGGCAGUCCCUGGACUGCACCAGCGCCGAGUCCGACGGGGGGGAGCGGAGCCUGGAGCGGCCCAGCAGCUGCGUCGGGGAGGCCGACCUCCCCGGGGAGGAGGUGGAGUACGAGAACGUGCCGCUCUACGAGGAGAUCCCCGAGUACAUGAACCUGCCGUUUCACAGCGCCCGGCCGGGCUGGCCCCACGACCCCCUGGCCCCCGACUCGGACAUCUACGAGGUGCAGGACCCCUACCGCAGAUCGCAGGACCACGAGUACGAGAGCGGCUGGCUAAGGCAGGAUGUCCACUCUGAAGAGGAGGAGGAGAUGCACAGUUCCGACGAAGAGGACAACAGCUCCACCUCCAGCAAGGAGCACCUGGACGAGGCAGACAGACAGCAGGAGGACGAGAUGAAGAGGAAGAAGGUGGUGCACAUCGCCCAGGAAAUCAUGAGCUCGGAGAAAGUGUUUGUGGACGUCCUGAAACUCCUGCAUAUAGACUUUCGGGAUGCCGUUGCCAAGGCAACUCGUCAGAAUGGGAAGCCAGUGGUGGAGGAGCGGAUCCUCAGUCAGAUCCUGUAUUACCUGCCUCAGCUGUACCAGCUCAACAAAGACCUGCUGAGAGAGCUGGAGGAGAGAGUAGCACACUGGAGCGACCACCAGAGGCUGUCGGACAUAUUCGUCCAGAAGGGUCCCUACCUGAAGAUGUACUCCACCUACAUCCGGCAGUUCGACAACAACGUGGCUCUGCUGGACGAGCAGUGCCGGAAAAACCCCGCCUUCGCCGCCGUCGUCCGCGAGUUCGAGCACUACCUGCUGAAACCUGUGCAGCGGAUCCCUCAGUACCAGCUGCUGCUCACAGACUAUCUGAAGAACCUUCCAGAGGACUCUGAAGACUAUAAAGACACUCAAGCUGCCCUCGGCAUAGUGAAGGAAGUGGCCAACCACGCAAACGACAUUAUGAAGCAGGGGGAUAACUUUCAGAAGCUGAUGCAUAUCCAGUACAGCCUCAACGGUCACCAUGAGAUCGUUCAGCCAGGCAGAGUUUUCCUGAAGGAGGGCACUCUGAUGAAACUGUCCAGGAAAGUGAUGCAGCCGCGCAUGUUCUUUCUGUUUAACGAUGCACUCAUGUACACCACUCCGGUUCAGUCUGGCCAGUAUAAACUCAACAGUGUGCUGUCUCUGGCUGGUAUGAAGGUGAGUAAGCCCAGCCAAGAGGCCUAUCAGAACGAGCUGAACAUCGAGAGCGUGGAGCGCUCCUUCAUCCUGUCUGCCAGCUCGGCCACGGAGAGAGACGAGUGGCUGGAGGCCAUCGCCAAGGCCAUCGACGACUACACAAAGAAGAAAAUCACCUUCAUAUCCAGCCGAAGUCAGGAAGAGGCGGAGGGCGCGGUCGACAGCGGGGCUCCCCUGGGCUCCAAAGCUCCCAUCUGGAUCCCGGACCUGAGGGCCACCAUGUGCAUGAUCUGCACCUGCGAGUUCACGCUCACCUGGAGGAGGCACCACUGCCGCGCCUGCGGGAAGGUGGUCUGUCAGGCGUGCUCGGCCAAUAAGUACUACCUGGAGUACCUGAAGAACCAGCCGGCCCGGGUGUGCGAUCACUGCUUUGCCAAACUCCAGGAGAACAGUGACCGCUGUGCUUCCACAUCCGUGUCCCCGAUCAAAUCUGGAGCUUUUUCCUUCACCAGGAAGCAGAAAAAGAUUCCGUCUGCACUAAAAGAGGUGUCCGCCAACACGGAGAACUCCUCUAUGAGCGGCUACCUAAACAGGUCAAAGGGCAACAAAAAGCAGUGGAAGAGGCUAUGGUUUGUCAUCAAAAAUAAAGUCCUGUACACCUACGCCGCCAGCGAGGACGUGGCGGCGUUGGAGAGCCAACCCUUGCUGGGUUUCUUCCUGAGAGAGGAGAAGAACGGGCCGGCUCAGAAGCUGCAGUUCAAGCUGUAUCACAAAAACACACUGUUUUACAUCUUCAGAGCUGACGACAUCCCCACUGCACAGAGGUGGAUUGAAGCCUUCCAAGAGGCAAUGAUUCUUGAGCAAUAGUCACUUUUAAAAAGAUAAAAUAAACAACAGGGUCGCACUGCAGCCCUCGAGUCAGUCCACAGAAAACCCAAAGGCCACGAUUGACCUCCCAUCAGGGUUCCCCGCUCUGGAGGGACUCCGGGUGGACUAGGAUGCCUUUUACUCAAAGCAGAAGAAUCACUUUGUCAAGGAUAAAGAAAAAAAAACUGAACCAGAAGCAGCUUCUGAUGCUCAGCUGAGGUCCGAGAUGUUAGCUGAAAGUCACCGGUCAAGUCCAGAAGCACGCGUGUGGAAGUGCGACCAACUAUGCGGGCAGUUGGAAGCCAUCGGAAGUUCAAAGUCGGGGAGCGGUUCUCAAAACAUGUUUUUCGUGUUUUCGGGUGAAGGAAUUACAAGAAAAAAACGUGCACUCUCAUUCGGAUUCUGCCUGUCUGUGUGGGCCGACCAAGAAAUUUGAAACAAGUUUUCUUAUGAGUCCGAAUUCUAGUUACAACGUGGGAUUUAACUGUGAAAAACAGGCUUUAACCUGGAAACCGGAAGUUGGUAUUCCAUUUAUUAGAUUCAUCUCUCUGGAUAAGAGAUGUUACAUUUAAAAAUAACCACAGCAUGGUUUGAAAACAUUAUCCUGGAGACAACUGGAAAUGUAAUGAAUUUUGUAGAUACUUUAAGAGAAAAAAAAGUUCAUUUUUUCCUGUUUAGCCAGAUUUUUUUUAAAUGGUUAAAGAGCAACAUUAACUUUUUUGUUGUUGUUGUUGUUGUUUUCUUUAAG